AAGUUGGAGAAAUGUUCAUCUUGUUGAUUGUUAAUAAUACAGUGACAGUUGGUAUAAACUAAAUGAUCAUGCCAGGUCCUGAAGGAGAUAACAUUCGGAGCACGGGUGGCCAGGUCGAUGAAUCAGGGACAUUUAUUGUGCAGUCAGAGAUGACGAUGGCACUCAUCGACUCGGCCAAUGACCGGAAUCCGGACACUCGCGCAAUCAUCGCCAACUCGCUGUUCGAGCUCGGGAAACGCAGGUCGUCGCUGGUUCUCAGCUGCUGUUACAGCUUCCUGCAGAAACACUCAAAGUUAUCGACAGAUCACCGGGUUGUGAUCUUGAAUUCAGUCGAGCGAAUCGUGAAGGAAGUUCUCGACACGUUGGACCCGGGACUGGCUACAGAGCUUAUUCAGCAGGCAGCCAAGGAACUUACACAGUCGAAGGAAGUUGAACCGGACUGGCAGACGGCAGCCAGUGGAGUGCUGGUUGCCUUGGGAGCCAAGUACUGUGAUGAGGUGAUGGGAGAACUGCUGGAGCGAUUCCAGCCCGGCACCAUCCCACAUUUCUUUGUCGUGCAGACUCUGGGAAACCUCGCAGCAGCCAAUGUGUAUGGUAUGGUUCCUCACCUGACUGCUAUCCUUGGAACAAUGCUGCCCAUGUUAGGGAUGGUCAAAUACGACAACAUGCGAUGGGUCUUUUCUACAGCUCUUGCUAAAUUCAGUGAGGCUAUAUUGGAGUAUGCAGCCAACCUUGACAAAGCGCCCGACCCAACUAUCACCAAGAAUCGCUUCUCAUCAGAGAUAUAUGCAGCCUAUGACGUCUUGUUCAACAUAUGGCUGCAGUCGAAAGAGGCAAAGCUUCGGCUUGCUAUAAUCGAAGCAGUUGGUCACAUGACGCACGUCAUGGACAAGGAACGCCUCGAAGAACAGCUACCCAAGAUGAUACAGGGAAUUCUGGGGUUGUACAAGAGGCACCCCGAACCCUAUCAUAUCACACAGGGUCUGUGUAUGAUACUGGAGGCGGUGUGUACAGAGGAAAGUGUUAUCCUAGACCCACACCUCGACAAUGUGCUCAACGUCUUGUUUUCACAGACCUUCCAUCCUAUUGAUUAUAACAACCCACUCAGCAUUAAAAACCGAAAUGAAGUCCUCCGAAGUUUUGCUAUAAUAGCUCGGUCAUUUUCUGGUAAGCUAGUCGGCAUUCUUCUACACAAACUGGAGACAGGGAACGAGAAGACAAAAAUAGGAAUUCUUCAGAUCUUCAGACACAUCAUCAAUGCUGCUGAGUCAUCUAUGGAGGACAAGAAAGAGGUCAUAGUGUCUGGUUUGAAGAUGCUUUGUUCAGAAAAUAACAAUAAGGUCAAGAAAAUGUUUGCUCAACUGUGUAUCGCCAUGGCUCACCAUGGUUACCUGGAGCUAGAAGGGGGACAACUCAUGGUGGAGUUUAUUGUCAGACAGUGCACUCUGCCCGAUGACCAGCCGGGCAAGAGGUCGGCCGAUCCAGAACACGUGACUAACAAAGAGUUACGCUCCAUGUGCGAAAACAUCCUCCAACUCAUAACGACAACCAUAGACCAGAUGGAAGGGGUUCUGUGGCCAUACCUACUGGAGUUGAUUGUUCCCGAACAGUACAUGGAGGCGGCAGGAGCCGUGUGUCGGAGUGUCGCGCACCUAUCCAAUAAAAAGAGACAGGAGAACGCCGAGGAUUACGAGAUAGACUAUGAAUCACAAGCAAACAUUCCAAAGCCACAAGUGCUUCUUGCCAAACUAGUAGUACUGUCUGGUCACCCUAUGAGAGGCAGACAAAGAGGGGUCAAUAUUUUGCAGUGCAUGAUGGGAUUGUCACUAAAUAUUCAUGAGAAUCUUGUGGAACUCUGGGAUGCAGUUAUUCCUAAAUUGGUGUCAUACUUGGAAGAAAAUAUGGAUGUGGAAAGCUGGUCGCAGAAGAAUUGGGAAGAUCUUCUGUUAAAGAUGUUGGCAAAGAGUUUGGAUGUGAUUGAUAACGAGGAGUGGAUUGAGGAAUUUGGAGAGGCUAUUGGGCAGCACAUACCUUUCUAUCUACACUUACCAGAAGACAAGAACUUUCUCUACAAAUGUCUUGGAAUAAUCAUGAGAAAGUCGACAAAGAAAGAAUUUGUCACCAAACAUCUAGAUCUAAUAUUUGGAACUAUCAAACACACGGAUCAAGUAGAGAAGGAGGGUGGGGCAAUCGCUAUUGGUUUCGCAGCAGCCUCUCAUCUGGAUGCCGUUCUCACAAAACUGACCUCUGUGGUAAAACACGACAUGGCGAAGAAGUCAGGAGGUUUCAUGAGCUUACUGAAGGACAAAAGUGAAGUUGACGUGGAGAAAAUAAAAUCCACUCUGAUGUUAUGUUAUGGGUUUGUGGCACUCUACUCACCUCCGUCACUAAUAGUGUCUAGAAUGGAGUCAACAAUUCUGAGAACUAUUGAGCCAUACUUCAAAAAUGUUCGGGACCCGCAGGUGAAACAGAACUUGAUCCGGACGUGUGAUCUCAUUGGAAAAGCUCUUCACCCUGACCACCUAGAACAGCCAUACAAACUGACUACACAGGCCGACUUUCUAGCGCACUUACAGAGCUACAUGAACGCGGAACCAUUGACGCACUUAAAUAGCGAAACUCGAGCUCUUGCUAUGAAUGCAUGUGCAACAUUACUAAAACUUGACCAGAAGUUAUCCGAAGCUGAAACGUUUGACCUAAUAAAGACUGCGAUAGACUGUGUUUUUCCUCUGCCGCCGAACGGGGUGAACCCGAAGAAAGGGAAGGAAGAGACGUACCAGGAGUCGGUGGAGAUGGAGGCGCUGAUGGCGACCACGUUUGACGCACUCUUCGACAUGCUCAAAGAAAUACUCAAGAAAGAUCUCAGUCCGGCAGGUCUUGAGAGUAUUUUCAAGCACCUUGUUCCCUGGCUGGUGGCACCAGAGGAACACAAGAGAGAACGAGCAAUAAAAACCUGGCAGGUGAUGUUGGACUUCUACCUGGAAACUGCUGAAAUCACGUCUAGUUCAAAGUUCGACAAUGAAGGGAUGUUUCUUGGUCGAAUGGUCCCGCGCUGUACUGAUCCAUCAAUAGACAUCCGACAGCAUGCCAUAGACUCCAUCUACACAACUCUCAAGAUUGGACUCCGAUACGAAGGGAACCCUCCGGACCACCAGGACCAGAUGGUAGAAGCCCUGAUGACUCUCAAAGAGAGACUCAAGAAAGGAGACCCGAAUAUUCUGUUUAGCGUCAUAAACGAUCUAUCCAAGGUUGUGUCCAAGAAGCUUCCAUCGGACCACCUCCCAGUCUUUAUCGACGUUCUCCAGAUUGGGUUGCUAGAUGCUCAGUCUCACAGCUCAUCGGGGGCGUGUGUCGUGCUCAAUGGGGUCAUGAAAACACGGGGCGGGGAGAUCAGCAAACAGGUUGAGAAGACUCUGUGCAGUUUGCACGAGAAGCUGCAGGUGAUAGAAUGUCAGCAGACUCGGACGGGAACGUUACGGACGAUCCGCACGCUGGCGUCUCACCACCUCAUACCUUUACUGACCACCUUCCUCGGAUACCCACUGCCUUACGACGAACACAUGGUAGCAAUUUGGCAGAUUCUGGCGAAGGAUUCCGUGCUGACAGAAAACAUCAUCAGUCACUUCCUGGAGCUGUUACUGAAGUCGCUGCCGUACGAGGAGAAACCCGACCCGAGAGACAAGACGCAAGUCGUGAAGAGUGCCACCAUCGUCCCUCUAGCUAUUACCCAUGCUUUUAAUGAACUCUUCCAAGCAGAGGAGACGGAAGAACAAGUACUGAAACACUUCCACCGAUUGUUUGCUGCCUUUAUGAUCCGAAUCGGCUCUUCCAACGGCGUCAAUCCGCCAAAACACAAAGUGACCCCCUCAGAAUCGAAGUCGAAGGACAAGAAGAAAGGCGUUUCUAAAAUAGAAACUAAACCUCUCUCGGCCAGCAGGAUUGCGGUCCAGGCAUUUCAGACGUUUCUUCAGCGUGCGAAGAGUUUCGACCUGUGUGAGAGUCUGGAGAAGGAAGAAGUGUUUGUCAAGAUGGAGGAUACAGAGCAAUACCCAGAAGCCUUCACUGUCUUAGCAAGAAUACUGGUAUCUAGUCCCAAUGAAAGCGGUCAUAUAUCGAAGAUUGUCACUAACCUGAUUUCAGUAUUAUCUAGUAUUUAUGACACUCAGAGGGUUGUUGUAGCGGCUUUUUUCGCAGAGCUGAUCAACCAGCGGUGUGCUGGCGAUGACUACCUGGUGGAACUGAUCAUGAACGGCCUACUGGGACGCCUCGUCGACUCCUCACACAUCGUGCGUAUGUUGUGUGUCCGGGGACUCGGAAACAUAGCCAGCGUCGGCAAAGAUCAGGUCCAGAGAUACUCGACGACGAUCCUGUCGGCGAUGAUGGCAGGUAUGGACGACAAGGAGGACCCGAAUGAUGACAUCACGAUCGAGGCGAUGAGCGGCCUGUCGCGCAUCCUGUCCGAGAUUGACGAGACACACAUCCGGGCCAUCCUCAUCAACGUCUCACUCAAGAUCAGACCCUGCUUCGAGAAGGAAAAGCCAGCAGUACGGGCUCAAGCGUUUAUUCUGUUUGGAAAUCUGUCCCGGUUUGGAGACGGGCCGUCCAAAGCUCCGUUCCUGGAGCAGAUCCACACAAACUUCAUGAGUUUGCUGCUGCAUCUCAACGACAGUGAGCCGGAAGUGAAAAAGGGUUGUAAAUAUGCUCUGCGUAUGUUGGGGCCUCUCAUGGAGUCUGAAGCGAUCAACGAAAAAUUCCAGAAACAUCUACUCGAAGAUGCUAAUCUGUUUUACGGAGAGUUUAUGAAUGACCUCUCAAAACUCAUUAUUCAAGAUUUUCCAGAGAAAGUGAAUUUCUAUGUGAUGGCUUGUGUUUCAUUCUUUAAGAGUUCUUGGGAUGAAAUAAAGAGCAAUGCUGCAAUGUUUUUAGGCUUUCUGCUGGGCAACUUGCCGUUAGAAAAACAAGGAAUGAUAUCGAAGGAACAUGUGUGUUCAGCUCUAAUCAUGUUAUUGAAGGACCCGUCUCCCACUGUGAGGGCCAAAGCUGCUGAAGCCAUGAGUCUUCUUUACGAAUAUUAAGUCACCUGUCAUGGCGUGGAUGAUACUCAUUUAAAACUAUGACUUGGUUCCUGAUACAAAUUUCACCUUUUUUGGACUGACAUUUUCAUGAUGUGAAUACCGUGUAUGGUUAUGACUCAAAUUUAUGUGCUUUCAGACCAGAAGUAAAACAUGUUUCUGUCUAACAGAGCAACUAUAAUUACAUGCACAUAUUAAAAAUAUUUUCUUUCUCAGAAUACUGCAAGAUACAAUAUUUAAUGUGCACUAUUGUUCUAUUUACAUGUCGGUUACACAAUUUUAAAUUUACUCUUAACUUCCAAUCAGUUAAGUGGUAAACCUUUACCUUGUAAAAUAAACAUUUAUAAACUUCAAGAUUAUUAUAGCUUUAUUCGUUAACCAAAUACAGUGACCUUGGUUACAUACUAUGUGAAACACAUGAACUGAUUUCUGGGUACCUAAGAUUUUGAAACAUUAUAUCCUAUAUUGUUGUCUGUAUAUUCCUUGUGCUUCUUGAUUGUAGUGCUCAAACUGGAGUCUACCUUCUAAUAUAUAUUAGAUGAUUAUAUAUUUAUUUAAUGGGUACAAAAUUAUUGGAAGGUGAAGUCCAGUUUGAGGUACUAUGACUAGUAAGAAAAUCUCAUUAAUAGGAAAUUGAAACUAUCUGUAUGUAAAACAUUAAGUAGCCGAAAACAUGAUUUUACAUUAAUCAAUAAGAGUAGAAUUUAGUUCAGAGAGAGAGAGAGAGAGAGAGAGAGUGUGCGAGGGAGGGGGAGGGAGGGAAGGGAAGUGGGGAGAGAGAGACGGAUAAAGAGUAUCCAGCAGAAGUACUAGGAUAUUAAACAUUUUAUAUUUUGUCCCAUUAUAAUCAGUUCUUGUAUCUGGCUGUGAUGUGUUAUUUUUGUGUGAGGGGAAGUGCAUAUAAAAAUACCUGUUAAGAAGACUGAAUGGAACUGUAUUAAAAUUCUUUCAGCGAUCCAAUCCAUCUUGACGAGUAGCAGAAUGAAAUAUGGAUACAGUGCAAAAUGCAUUUUGAUAGAGGACUAAGAUAUAUAAGAGGCUGUUUUACAGUACUGUUGCAAUUCCUACGGCUGAGUUUUUAAUCAUCUGCCAUUUGCAUUCCAAAAUCAUGCAUACUGUGUCCCUUAAAAUGUGGUAUGUGCUUUGCAAUGACAUUGUUUUAAAUUGCUGUAUAACAUGGCCACUGUUGUUUGUGUUUUACUUGUCAAUUGUAAAGUGUUGAUUUAUGAACGCAUGUACAUUUGGGUAAAUAGAUUUCAUGUUCAUUAAUGAUUUCAUUAUUUAUUCAAUGAAUGAUAUGUAAAGUUAAUGGCUGAUAAUUAUGUUUAUAAUUAUGAUUAUGUGAUUAUGUUAAUAUAUGAUAUGAUUGGUAAGUAUUUCACAAAAGAUGUUAUGCUUAAAUUUUAUCACCAUUUCACAAACUAGAUUAGUGCCUGUGUAUACUCAAACUUACAAUAUAUGUAUUUUAAAAGAGCAUGAUCCUCUGACAACAUUGUAUGCUACUUAUGGACGAAAACUGUAGUUAUUUUUGUUUUGUAUUUUUCUUAUAUUAAUUUCUGCACAUUCAGUGUGUUCUUGGCUGUUCCAAGGAACAUUUAAGUGUUUCAUUGUCUCUAGUUCAAAAAUAAAUAAUAGAUUUGAAUGAAUGACUUAUUCACAAGCCUAGAAACACAAAUUUGAAUAUUUGGAUUUAAAACAUGAUGGUAUGGAGUAACUAACAAUUAAUGUGUUGUUGAUAUACAUGUAUUAAAAUGAAGGUAAUAAUUAAUAUUCUCUGGCAUUACUGAAUGAAUCUGGCCAAGAACCAAACAAUUAAUGCUUCACUGAUCAAAUGCAAAAGAUGCGACAUGUGUUGGUGUCUAGUCUGCUGCUAAAGUGAAGACUGCCAUGGUGCUAAUUUAAGUCGGCUACAGCAACAAACAAGUUUGUUGUGUAAUUUUUGUUUCUGAAAUCGUAUCAGGUCUAAAAUAUUACAGCAACUUCGACUUUACACUACUACUAACAACUUCGACUUUACACUACUACUAACAACUUCGACUUUACACUACUACUAACAACUCGGGGACUUGAACUGAAUGUUGGCAUAAAGCAAGUAGCUAAUUUAGUAUUAUUUGAUUACGAAAUAUUACAAUUUGGACUGAUUGUGUAAUUCAGAUUUCUUUUUUUCGAAUGAACGUGGAACAUGUUAAAACACUACUAAAUAUAUCAAUAAAUGUUUACUUUGCCAAGUAUUAACAAACGUUUUCCUCUUUCUUCUGGAAAGAUAAUUAAGUCACUUUUACUUUUUUAUUCCUUGAUUAGUGCCUGGUACAUUUUGUAUAUGACACUUUAACAAAACAUAUCAUGACCUGAAGUAUUAUCAUCGUAAUAAAAUGUGAUACAUAAUUAUAUAAAUAAAAAACUUAUUAUAUUGCUUUUUGAAAUGAAACGCUUUUAUAAAUGUUACAAAUUAUUUCUUUUGUAGGUAAUGUAGGAUUUGCUUAACGUUAAGGAUCAUACUCUGCGGCAGCCUUGUGUAAUGUUUCAAAUACGUCAUUUGUAAAUCAUAUAUGAUGUCAGUAAAUAAAAGGCGCUAACUGCUGUAAAAAUAAAAAGGGAAUUCCCCAUUUAAAAAAAGUUCUGGUCCCAGAUAGCACAUAUGUGCGAUACAAAAUAAAUUUAUCACACGGUUUAAAAAUGUCUUUAUUAAUAAUAGUAAGAUUCAGUAGGUAUGUAAUAAAAUUAAUAACCCAAAAAUUGUAUACACGGGUUAGGGUUAUUGUGUGUUUCCUAGCAACCUCACACAUUCUACACCAGCAAGUUUUCAGUUAUUAAUGGUCGGCCUGAAUAUUAGCAAUUCUAAUAACUGAAAAUUGGGUGGUGCAUUUUUAAUGGAGUUUGGUAUUAUAUCAAAGGUCAUUGUAUGAGCAGUCCUUUCUGUGGGAAAUAAAAUAAAAGAUGCCUUGCUGCUGUUUAGUACGAGUGGUCUGUAGCAGCAGAUUUAUAUAAUAUGUGUGAAAUAAUUAUGUUUAUACGUUUGUAUAUGGUGUAUUAAAAAUCAUAAUUAUUUUUGAGAAUUUAUGCAUUUGUCAAGCAAUUGGCAACAGAUAUAAUCAAGCAUGCAUUUUUGUCUAGGUGUUGAUCACAAACCAACGUGGCGGACAUUGCACUGAAUGCUUACCCAUGUGGCUCUGUAUCAAAUACAGAUUUUUAAAACAUUA